AAGUAAAUACCCUUGAUACGAGAUGGGUGUUAAGGAUCUGUGGAACAUUUUGUCGCCUUUGUGCGAAAGGAAGCCGCUGUACGAACUCGAAGGGAAGACUAUCGCGAUCGAUCUCAGCGGAUGGGUUGUGGACAGCCAAACGAUUGUCGACAAUGCGGUACAACCGAAGAUGUAUCUCAGGAACUUGUACUUUCGUACGGCGUUCCUUCUCAUGCAUGGAAUAUUUCCAGUAUUUAUUUUGGAAGGGAAAGCACCUACCUUGAAACAUAAGACUAUUGCACGAAGAAAUGAUGUUCGUAGUAAAUUUCAGGAGAGAAAGACUGCUAAGAAAGGAGGGAGGUCACAGUUUAAUCGAAUUUUAAACGAAUGUAAAGAAUUAUUGAGAUAUAUGGGUAUUGCUUGUAUACAAAGCAAUGGUGAAGCAGAAGCUAUGUGUGCCUACUUAGAUGAGGAUGGGCUUGUAGAUGGAUGUAUAAGUCAAGACAGCGACUGUUUCUUAUAUGGUGCAAAAGUAGUGUACAGAAACUUUUGCACGAGUACUCAAGGAAAUGGUGGUUCUACAGGUGGCUCUGUGGACAUUUAUAGCAUGGAAAAGAUUGAAAAAACUUUGAAUAUUGGACGAAAUAAAAUGAUAGCAUUGGCUUUACUAUGUGGUUGCGAUUAUGAUGAGGGAGUGAAUGGUGUUGGAAAGGAGGCUGCUUUAAAAUUUUUCAAGACUGUAAAAGAGGAAGAUGUCUUACAAAGAAUUCAGGAUUGGAGAACUGACACAAGUUUGGACAAAGCUGAAUCAAACUUAUUAAAUUCAAAUUUAUGUGCAUCGUGUGGUCAUCAUGGAAAAUUACAAAAACAUACAAAAUCAGGUUGUGUCGAUUGUGGAACUAUUAGGAAAUGUAAUGAUGAUUUUAGGGAAAAGAGAACAUUGAUAUUAAAUGAAAUAUCAUUAAAAAAGAAAGCGCUGCAUAACCAAAAUUUUCCAAGCCAAGAAUUAAUAGAUGAAUUUCUUAUCAGAAAGGAUUCAGUUCCAACUAAAUUAGAUUUAAAAUGGAAACAACCUCAAGUCAUUCAAUUUGUUGAUUUUAUGAAUAAACAUUUAUGUUGGGAACCACAGUAUGCAUUUGAAAAAAUAUUUACAUUGAUUAUUAGGUGGCAACUUUUACAUCUACCAGAUUUUGCAAUAGGUGAACGUUUGUCCAUGACAAACUUAUUUAUUCCUGAUAAAAUAAAAAAAAUACGUAAUAUAAGAUCUGUAGCCAGUUAUGAAAUUAUAUGGAAGAAUCAGCAUGCUAUAAUAGAAAUGUUAAAAGAAUAUAAAGAACGAACAAAAGAGAAUGAUAAUAUUGAUGAUGCUGUAGAUGACAAUUUAUUAAUAAGUAUUGAACCACAAGACUUGGUUUUAAAAUGUUAUCCUGAAUUGGUUGAAGUAUUUGAAAAUACUAGAAACAUAAAGUCGAAAAAAAGAACUGCUAAUUCUCGGAGAAAAAAAACUACAAUAAAUGCAGACAAUAAUACUGAAAUAAAAAAUACUACAAAGUUAAAGCAAAAGAAAGUAAAAGAGAAAACAGAAAAAAAUAAUAAAAAGAUUGAUGAAUUUAUAUUUAAAAAUAAUGAAAUAUCUCUAGAAGAUUCCUUUGAGAAAAUGGCGAUUACGCCAAAACGAUCAAAGAAGGAAAACAUUUUAAAUAAAGUAAAAGAAAUACAAAUAAGAAAUAAAUCUGAAGAUCUUGCCAUUACGAACAUAAAACAAAUAAAACGUGGCCCGCAAAUUAAAAGAAUUCUAGAGAUAGAGAAAGUAAAUUCAAAGCUAAAUAAAACUUUAGACAAGAUGUUCAAUGAACUCUCUCCCAAUGAUUUUAUAAGCGAAGAUGAAGAUGAAGAUGAUUUGGAUAUAACAAAUGUAAUAGAGAAUAUAUGUAGCAAACAAAUUUUUCAAUUUAAUAUAAGAAACUGCGAACUUAUAAAAUCGACUAACCAAUCUGUUGAAAAUAUUGUAAAAGAAUAUACAAAAACUGAUAAAUUUGAAUCCGUGACAUGUACCACAGAAAAUAAUGCUUAUACGAAGGAUGAAAAACAGAAACUAGAUAAUUUUUCUGAUGAUGAAUUUUGCAAUAUUAAUGAGUCAUAUAUUCCUAUUAAUCAAAGAAUACAAAUAGAAGACAAGAAAUGUUCAUCAACGUGCAAUCAGAUCGAAAAGAGGUUUAGCUAUGAUUUUGAAAAUAUUAUGGACAGCACCGAUGAUAAAAGCAUACAUUUAGAUAUAUGAUAUUAUUUAUAUAAAAUGCUUUAUUUUUACUUAUAUCUACAAGAUGUAAUAAAGUUCUUGAAUAUAUAAA